ACCUGUAUGUUAUUUGGUCCGCGUUCAGAAGCCUUGACAUUUAUUUAACACCUUCAUCCCCAGUGCCACUCUUUCCAUCGGUAGCCUACCUACUUACUUUCUUCGCACACACACGCACACAGAUGAGAGUGGAGAGCACAACCACAUUGCUGGAGGAUCUGGUAGAGAAGGCCGGCGGCUCUGCCGUCAUCGAUGGUGGUUUUGCCACCCAGCUCGAGAGACACGGCGCCGCCAUUAACAACCCUCUUUGGAGCGCUCUUUGUUUGAUCAAAGAUCCAGACCUGAUCAAAAGGGUUCACUUGGAAUAUUUGGAGGCUGGUGCAGACGUUUUGAUCACUUCUUCUUACCAGGCUACUCUUCCUGGAUUUGCAUCCCAGGGAUUGUCCAUUGAAGAAGGAGAGUUCUUACUAAAGAAGAGCGUUAAAUUGGCUGUUGAAGCCCGUGAUAAGUUCUGGGAUGCAGUGAAAAGUAAUCCUGUACAUAGAUAUAACCGAGCUUUGGUUGCAGCCUCCAUUGGAAGCUAUGGAGCUUAUCUUGCUGAUGGAUCAGAGUACAGUGGACUGUAUGGGCCAGACGUGAAUCUGGAAAAGCUCAAGGAUUUUCAUCGACACAGAUUGCAAGUUCUUGUGGAAGCAGGUCCUGAUCUAUUGGCCUUUGAGACAAUUCCCAAUAAACUAGAAGCAAAGGCCUUUGUUGAGUUGCUUGAAGAAGAAAACAUCAACAUUCCAUCCUGGAUUUGCUUCAGCACAGUGGACGGUGAGAAUGCACCAUCUGGGGAGAGUUUUCAAGAGUGCCUUGAAAUGAUAAACAAGAGCAACAAAGUAAAUGCAGUUGGAAUUAACUGUGCCCCUCCCCAUUUUAUUGAAAGUCUCAUAUGCAAAUUUAAGAAGUUGACUGAGAAGUUGAUAAUUGUGUAUCCCAACAGCGGUGAGGUUUGGGAUUGCAGAGCUAAAAGAUGGCUGCCAUCAACUUGUUUUGCUGAUGACAAAUUUGAGAUGUCUGCAACACGAUGGCAUGAGUUAGGAGCUAGCCUUAUUGGAGGCUGUUGUCGAACCACACCUUCUACCAUUCGAGCCAUUUCAAAGGUUUUGAAAGAAAGAGAGUGAGCUGGACAGGCUUUGAAUUCAAUGGCUUCAGGAAAAGCUACACCACCGUUUAUAUAUUUCAUCUUGUAAUUCUCAUUUAUUAGCUUGUAGGUGAAUAGUUUUGGAAUUUUGGAUUUUGCAAAAUGAGUUGCAUAUCCAACCUUUCUUUCGCCGCUAGGCAGAAAGGAAUUUUGCAUUUUCUAUUUUACCUUAUAAAAGUUAAUUUAUCACAA